UAGAUUAGGAUGUAAACAAAUAUUAAACUGAAGUCGCUAUUGAGGAAUGGGCAAAAUUGUGGACGUGGUAUUGUUGCUAGCUCACAGAUAUCGAUUAAUUGAUUGUUUAUGCUUACGCUGGUUUGGUUUGGUGCAGAUUCUAUCCAUUUCUUGAGGGAGUGUUUUAGGUGUUUUUGCUUGUAUAGGAAAAAAGUUAGUUUUUUAGCAGUUUGAUUAUGCAUUAUUUCACAUUUGCAUUGUUUUGAAGCAAAUACGGUUAGUCAUGAUGCACUUACUUCAUACGGAGAGUGUGCUGAUGGAGAAGUUAUUGUGUAACGCUAAUUGAAAAGCUGCAUGUAUAAUGAAUUUCUCAUAUUCAAUAUUUUAAAUUUCCAUGAACACUGCCAAAAUGGGCUACAGCAAAGUAAAACUCGGUACAUUCUUCACUGUACUAGCCGUCCUUCUAGCUGUCUACUAUAGAAACUCAAAUGAUGUUCUCCAAAGAAAACUGCACUCGGUGCUGCAAGCAUUGGAGCGACUGGAGAACAAGCAUACUGUUAGCCCAAGACCACGAGUUGCCAUAGGCUAUGGCAUCUGUACAGAUGUCUACAUAGAAGCUGGAAAUCUGCUGGAGUAUUCAGAGGAAAUUGGACAACCCCAGCACUUUGAUGAGAUCAGCACCAAAGAAGAGCUUCUCAAGAGCUUUGCCUACUAUUUUAGACAUGGAGCUGCUGCAGAACGCUACAUGUCCAACUCCACAUUGUUCGAUAAUCUCGUAGCGGCGGCUCGCUCCUACCCGUCUUCAUAUUCGUCGAUAGGAGGAAACGCAGCUGUGAUGGCUAUGAGACUAGUACGCGAGGGUUGCGACGUUGUUCUGGCUGCUAAGAUGACGACGUCCCUACUCCAGAUGGUACCCGAAGCAAUCGAAGUCGUGGGCGGCGAGGUAGAAAGAGACGACAUACACUUAAUUCUGGAGUACAAGAGGGGAGAAGUUUGGGGGCCCUACAUGAGUGCUAGAGCAAAUAGGUACAUUAUUCACAAUGACAAACACAAUCCACAAGCCAGUGGUUUGGAAGAAUUGGGAAAGGUUCUGGCUGACUACAAACCAGAUCUGCUGAUAAUCAGCGGCUUGCAGAUGAUGGACAGUUACCCGUUUGUCGCUGGAGAGCGCGGUAAACAUCUGCAGAAAAUUCACGAGCAAAUGCGUAGUCAGAAGCCCAGCACCAAGAUCCACUUUGAGAUGGCCUCAUUUGUCGAGGAGGAACUGCUUAAAGAACUUAAUCAUAUGAUCAUACCCUAUGCCGACAGUCUGGGUAUGAACGAGCAGGAGAUCGCAAACCUGCACAACUCAUUGUACUAUGGAAACAUCUCGUUGGUAGCAAACUCAACACCCAGAGUCGCGACCGUAUUGGAUCAGAUAAGAGCUUUGUUUAAGCUUAUCAGAACGAGGGGUGAAGGCAUUGAGGGCGCGAGGAAACUCACAAGAAUUCACGUGCACACACUAGCUUAUCAGGCGAUACUCACGGUCAAAGACUCGCCCUGGAAAAACACUAUGGCCGCCGCUGCAAAAGCUUCGCUCACUGCUCACCGACAUGUCUGUAGUACAAGCAAUAUCGAUCUCCAAAAGGCUACUUUGAUAAUGGACGACAGCUUUACGACCUCGAUAAUUUCCGGCACGCGCAUCCCGCUGAACGUGGAGAAGCCGGUUGCCUGCUGGGACGAGGUCUUCCACGUAGGAGGGCGUCGCAUCGAGGUCGACGUCUGUGUCGCGCCAGUCCUCGUCUGCACCGAAGUCAGUCAAACCGCCGGUGGUGGCGACAACAUCUCCAGCGCCGGACUUGUACUUCAGAUCUAAAAGGCCUGUGCGGUUAACAUUAGCGGAAGCGGCACAUUCCUUAAUUUUUUUUUGUCUACACGGGAUUGACAGAUAUUUUUUCCCUUUUUAUUGGUGAUUAUUGGUGACUUUACCCUUCGGUUUUGUUAAAAAGGGUGAUACUCCAAAAAUGACGAAAAUGUUCAUUAAAAGUUUAUGAAAAGUCAAGUUAACAAUUAGGUAUGAAUUUUGACAUACCUACAUAUUAAGCAGCUGAGGAUAACCCCAUAGGCUUACAAGUUGUAAAUAUUGUUAUAGGCAUGAGUCAAGAAAUUGCCGAUUUCCAAUUUUCUCAAGCGUUUCCAUGCAUUUGACAAGUCUAGCUUAUAGCUUUAGUUACACGAUUUUUCUGGCCUUGAACAAAUAUUGCCGAUUUUAUGCGGACGUUUUUAUGAAUCAACAAUUUAUAGAUUCCAAGUUUUGCUGGCAUUUUCCUCUGAUAGUCAUUCCACAGUUUUGUCCCCGCACCCAUCGACUGAUUGUAUACGCCUAUCUAUUGUAGCGCGUAGCAUUUUAAAUUAUUGCGUGACGGAGAGCAUUUUAUAUAAAAAUUUGAGGAUAAUAUGACGAAGACUUCUAGUAGCCUAAAAAUAAAAGGAUUACGCUUUCUAGCUUACUAGAUUUAUUGAGACACUCGCAUUAAGAUAAUGUUAUACUCAAUUGUGUAAAUUAUCAUGAGUACGAAAUUUUGUAACGCAUUUUCGAAAUGUGACGCCAUGAGUAUUGUGCGUUAUACAUUUUUUUUUUCGUUAAGCUGCGUGACAAGUCAAAGUUUCAUUUGUGGAAAUUGAAAAAAUUCUUCGAUUGUAGAUCUCGAUUAUCUAUGAAUGUUGUGUAAAAAACGUCAAUUUGUUGUUUGUAAGGAAAAAAUCUUCAUUAAGUCAUUAAAUUUUGAAGAUAUUUUCCAUUUGAAUGUUAUGUUUGAGUAGGCCAUAUACAUAAUUGGUUUUAGGUUUAAUUUUUAAGCUGCAUUUUUACAAUAAAACAAAUCUGAUGAAAACGUA